AUGUCUUCCAAACCAGACAUGGAAGCAGCAACCCCCCACUGCAUCUCGAUCCCCCCCUCUGCCACCGGCCUCUGGGGCACCCCCUCCUCCUCCCCCUCUCCCCUCCUCCCAUCAACCUAUCCCGGCCCCAUAAUCCCCUCCCAACCCCCCCAAGCCUCUUCCCUCCUCUCCCGUCUCCUCCAGUCCGACAUGGCGCACCACCACGUCUUUUUCAACACGGACGGUUUCCACAACCACAUCCCGCACCACCUCCUCGCCCUCUACGGGACCUCUGCCCCCGCCGAGGCCUUACAAAAAGCCUACGACGGGAAUGCUGGGUAUCAACGGCCCGUGUUGCCGGAGCACAAGGAGGUCGUGUCGGAUCUUAUCACGGACUGGAAAAGGGAUGCGAAGAAGUAUCUGGGUAGGGAGGUGUAUUACCCUGAUUUUUUGGCGUUUUUUAAGAGGGAGAUGGAUGCCGCCGCCGCGCGCACAGAAAAGGAUGGAAAGGAACUGGGGUACGAAGAGGUCGUGAAUGAGUACUUAUUCAGCGGCACGCCCGAGGCGGAUAAUUUAUUGGUGAGACUAUACUCCGGUUUCUUACACCCGCUGAUCCAGCUCAUGUACGGGCUGGAGUGGAAGCAACCGGCGAUAGUAGCCGAGGGGCUGGCGCAGGCGGCUGUGCAUGGGGAUGAUAUUGGUGUUUAUCUUUUGGGAGCUGAGCGGGAGGCUGCGAGAGUCAAGUCCAAAUCUGAUGCUCCAGAGCAGAUGGAUAGGAUUCUGGAUCUACUGGAGAGGGGUGUUAGGGGGAAUGAAAAGUUGGCCAAAGCAGCCAGGAUGGGUGAUGCCAAUAAGAUCCGUGAUGGAGUGCUGGUUAGAGCCAAGGAGGAGGCGAUACAGCUGGCGGCCAAGGUCAAGCUCAAGGCGACGACAGAGAAGGAACUGCAUGAGAGGACGGCGGAGAUGUAUGAUGCCGCGGUGUUCAUGGCGAGCGCGGCGGCGUUGGUGAAGAGGGAUCAGAAGAAGCCGCCGAGGUUUGAUUUCUUUUUGAUGCACCACGUAACCUCAGCACCAUUCUUCACCACCGUCAACGCCCAAGAUUGGAUCUCAUUCGACACAAAAGUCCGUCUUCUCGAGUGGAAGAUCAGGAUGGAUCUGGUGCAGUAUGCGGCCCGUGGAGCGCCGGAGCUGUCGCUUGAUGCUAUUACUUCUUAUCAGCCCAAGGAGAAGAAGAAGGCAUCUGGGACUCCUGAGGAAAUCAUCUCCUCCAACCUCCACUUCUUCGAGGAUGAUGGCCAUGCUAUCAAGCUCGCCAGAGCUGCACGGAUUUGCCAGCUCUAUUACCAGACGAGAGACGACGAGUACUGGAACAAGAUCUACCACCUAAUUGUUGACUCGGUCCUGGCACCGGGUCCGAAUUGGGUGCGUAGUUGUGGGUUUGAUGAGGCGUGGGAGGAGAUUCCGGAUGUUGAGUGA